UUAUUUGAGCUGCCAUGCAUUAAAAUUUUUGGAUGUCAUGGAUGUAAAAGAAACAAUCCCCAGCAACUACAUUAUGAAAAGAUGGACAAAAGAUGUUACUGCCAUGAAUCCUAUAGAUAUAAAUAAAGACAAGGAAGAUAUUCUUGUAGCUUCUUCAACUCAUGCUAAAAAUCCACAAGAAGGUAGUAACGAUGUUGAAGUCUUUGUAGAUAGUGCAAAUGUUACAAAGGUGAUGGGUUUAAAGAGGAAAGAGUCAACAUAUCGUUGA